UCGCGCGCUUCUCCCGUGUCAUUCGCCAAACGCACGUGCUGCUGUCCGUGCGUGUACGUCGAACCGAGUCUGUGUCCUCGCGACGACUUUGCUUCGAUACGAUCAAAAUAUAAAGAGUCUCGUGAUACUACUGUGUAUAGUUUGCACUGUCGAAGGUGUUGAUUUUCGGCUGUGCGAUAAGGAGAGAGAGAGAGAGAGAGAGCUGAUUCAACGUCUUGAGUACCAGGUCGCCGAGCAAUGGUGAAGAAGCUGUGGUGUCGCGAGCUCGCGCGCAAGUGGUUCCAGGCGAAAUUCGAGCCGCCUCACGGCCGCUGCUUCUCCGAGCCCAAGUGCCAGGAUCAGCUGAAGCUCUGGUACCUGAUCUACCGCUGGCUGAUCUUCAGCUGCUGGCUGCUGGUGGUGUUAUUUUCCUUUUUCGAAGUCGGCAGCGCGCAGCCCUUGGGCAUUUGGGAGAAGUGGCCGAUCUACCUGACCAACUGGGACUUGGCCCUUGGCCUCAGCCAAUCGCUGCUCGGCGUCUGUCUGGUGACGCGUCGUUGGCGUCAGCAGCGACGCUGCGUCGACUUCGAUCCGUCCACUCUCGAGUACGGCAAGCUCGAGAAGAUCUACUGGUUCCUGUACAUCGUCACCUCGAGUCUGGCCCUUGGAGUGACGGUGACUUACUGGGGUCUCGUUCACGACCCCAAGAUCCACCAUGUCGACCCACUCAACAUCCUCAUUCACGUGAGCAACAGUCUUCUCAUGCUGCUGGACCUGUGCGUCACGGGUGUCCCCUUCGAACUCCGCUGCUUCUGGUGGUGCCCUCUGAUGGUCAGUCUGUACGUGCUCUUCAGUCUGGUGUACUACGCGGCUGGUGGACUGGACAAGCGUGGUCAGCACAAAAUCUACAACAUCCUCGACUGGGAGAAACCGGAAAGGACGAUUCUCGUUUGCGCCGGUGGACUGGUUUUCCUAGCUAUAACGCACUGCCUACUGUACUUCAUAGCUAGGUUUAGAGAUCGAGCCUACGAGCGACGGCGAAGGCUGAUCGUCAGCGCGACGCAAAACGGCUGCAAGGAGGAGGCUGAGAGGAGGAAAAACGAGUCUUCCUACGUCUGACCCGAUUAGAGAUCUCAGUGAUGAUGAUGAUGUGAUGACUGUUUGUGUACAAUAACAGACGUCGCUGUACUCCAUCUCUCUCUUGCUGCUGCUGUUGUUGUUGUUGUUGUUCGAAACUACGCGAUUGAAAUUAUUACUUGACGUCUGUACAACACGAUGAUGCUGACGUGCGUCCGUAGCGAAUGACGUUUUUAUUAAUUUUCUAUAAACGUCUUUUUGAACUACAUCUAUACUGUAUAGGUAUAUUCUCACUCUAGACGCAUAUACACAUCCGAUAACGAAACAACUGCGAUAUUUGCCAUUUUUAUUAAGUUCGCUCGUAGAGUCGAGUGUUAGAUUUGUAAGUCGACGUUUUUUUACUCUCUGCUCGUAAACAAUUUAGAAAUGUGUUUUUCUAUUUACAAAUCAUAACAUACCAAUUGAAAUUGUUGUAUGCCAACAUUGAGUUUCGAGAAAAAAACGCGGAAGAUUACGAUUGAAUCUUCGCAUAUCAUAUAGAUGUUAUACAAAUGCCAUUCUUAGAUAAUACUUAUACGUCUUCUGAAUCUUGGUCGAAAGAUUGCGAAAGUUGUAGCAAAUUACGUUUAUGAAACGUGAUAAACAUGUGACACACGGGAGAAAUUCGCGAGGAAUUUUUCCAUCCACGACUAUUAUUGUAAAAAUCUACGUCAGGACUGUAGUGAGCGCAAUUUUGCAGUAUUAUGAAAUGAAAACGGUGACGUAGAUAAUAACUUACGUAGAGAAAUUUUCUUCUUCAUCGUGGCUGCUUUAUCUCCGAAAAAAUCUGUAUCGAGUAUUGUAAAGCAUGGAUGACUUUUCCCGGAAAAGAUGAUUUUUUUUUUAAUUAAAACAUGAAUUGAUCAAUUUAAGAAUGAGUCCUCUUAGAUUGUAGUACACCCUAGUUAUUAGUUAUACUCAGUGCUGGAUUGCAGAUUUUUAGAAAUCACUAUUAAUUUUAAGUAUAAUGCAUGUGUACAUUCCCUUCCUGUAUACUAUUCCAAAGAAUGUCAUAUAGACUUUAAGGAACGAUUUUUUGUAUCGCGUGGAAUAAAUAUUGUUAUGAGAAUAAUAAGAAACUGUCAUUUUGAAAAAUAUCAACGUUUUUAUUAAUAAAAUAACGAUUCAAA